CAGAAUCUGAAAAUAAUUUUCAUCAUGAGAUACCAUAUGGUACAGAAAACCGGCUAGUUAUACCUCGACUAUGAAGAGUUUAGCAAUAAUCUUGAAUGGUAGUUCGAGUAUUCGUUCAUUCGUGACGGUGCAGUGUAUCACUAAAUUGGUUGAACACCUCUAAAAGAUGGAACGAAGUCCAACAGUGGGAGUACAAUUCUGUUUUAUUACCAAUGACAAUAUAGAUUCGUUGUUAGAUAGGUUGUGAUGAGAGCCUGAAAAUAUUUAAUAACUGAUUGUGGGAGCUUUUCCACUAACGGUAUUUGCGAUAAUCGCGUUUUCGUCGCUUUGUGACAUGUGUAAGUACAUAAUCACCUGUACUGGCCAUACUCACAUUGUAGCAUUGUGAAUGUUAUCAUAAGCACGUAUGAUAUUUGGCAUCGUAUUACUGACGGCAUACACGAUUUAAUCAUAGUAAGUCUUCGUGGGUAGAAGAAUCAUUGACGUCUAUUUGCUGAUGGAUACUUUCAAGUCACAGUUAUCCAAAAUUCGCGAGAGCGGUAUUUUGCUGGGGACGUUCACCGUCCAAAUGAAGGAUAAAUUGAUUGCAACAGAUUCAUCCAUCGGGCAAGUGAAUAAUAAUAUUGACUAAUUGAUAAAAUGUCUCCAUUCGAGUAGGUAUAAAACGAUACUUAGAGUUCUUGCUAUAAUUGUGCGACGAAGUAAUCAGUUGGGCUUCAGAUUCGAGUUUGAGAUGAUUUUUAUUUUCAACAUUUCGAUGAGUUUUUAAUCAAUUGUGGAAUUCUUUGAGAUCUGAAUGAUUUCAAUCGCCUUUUCAAUGGCUCGUGGCGAGUGACUUGCGGUAGAAUCUUUCGGAACUACCCUUCCGCCACUCAUCAAAGGUAUAUUGGUGUGAAACGAGACUUCACGAAGAUAGAUUUCAAAUAUCUUGCGUCUAUUUGAAUUUUCGUUGGGCCACAAAUUUUUCCAUUCAAUAUUGCACGAGCGAAUAACGUGAUCUCAUGCAGAACCUCAUUAAAACGAAUAAGUACGUUAUUUUCGAAUUUGGGUUCAAACUCGGCUGAAUUAUGGAGAAAAUCGUCGGAGAAAGAAAUCUUCAGGUGCAGGAAUCUAUUGAACUCUCUGCAUCUACUGUCGAAGAAAGAGCCGAAAAUGAGAAUGAUGAAUCAUAUGAAUUCCCUGAGAUUGAUAACAUAAGUUGGUAUACCUUGAGGAUCUAUGUUAUCAUAAGUCUUCCGCUCCUGGUGUCUGCCGGUUUUACAUUGAGCUACGCAUUCACAACCGGAACAAUCAGCUAUAGGUGUUUUGUGCCAGAAUGCGAAGAUCUUACGGACACCAUUAUUUACCCAUCCUGGUUGUCGAGCGCAGUUCCAUACGAAAAUGACAAGCCGGCAAGUUGCACACGUUUCACAGUUCUGAACGUCACGGACUCGUGUUCGACGACCGUGUUCACCGAAGGAAUUGAACGCUGCGAUUCCUGGGUUUAUGACACCGACGAACGCACUAUUCUCAAUGAAUGGGAUCUUACUUGCGACAAUAAUCAAUGGAUGUUAACGUUACCGGGUACAGUGAAUAACGUUGGACAAUUUGUUGGCCUGAUUUUCACCGGUUAUUUUUCGGAUAAGUACGGCCGACGAAACGUAUUGGCAUUUUUAUCAGUGGCGUGUGGAAUAUGUGGAGUGAUUCAAGCCAUGUCCGUUAAUUACGCGAUGUUCGUCACUUUCGAGUUUCUGACUGCAGUUUUUGGUGCAGGUAUCUACAGUGCCGGAUUCAUAUUGGGGAUGGAGUUAGUGGGCCCGAAAAGUAGGGUACUGAUAAGCAACGUAAUCUGUUGCAUGUAUUCAAGCGGAGCAGCCCUUUUAGCAUUGAGUGCAAUGUGGCUGCGAAAUUGGCGUUUUGUACUUGUUUCCUUUUACGCUCCAGCACUUCUAGCGAUAUUUGUAACCUGCCUAGUUCCUGAAUCUGUGAGGUGGCUCCUAGGCAAGGGUAGAGUAGCAGAGGCUGAAAAAGUAUUAUAUAAGAUUGCUGCAGAAAAAGGAAUCCAAGUUUCACCAAAGUCAAUUGAUGUGAUCAAGAAUCUCGGGGAAAAGAAAAAUGAAACGAAAACUAAAAGGUCGAAAUUAGCGGUUACAACUCCGGUCAGAGAAGUAUUGAAAAACAGAAAACUUUUAACUCGAUUAGUGGUCUGUGCUUUUUGCUGGAUCGCCAACGUUUUCGUAUACUAUGGAUUAUCCCUCCAUUCGGUUGCGGUUUCGGGAGAUAAGUUCAUUAAUUUUAUUUUCGUUAGUUUGGUCGAAAUUCCAGCUCAGCUUUUCAGUUGGAUUCUAGUGGAGCAUGUCGGACGUAAGCCCACGCUCACCGGCUCCUUCUUCCUCGGUGGUUUAUUCUGUAUUCUCACACCGUUUGUCCCAGAAGACUUGUGGUAUGUUCCGUUGAUCGUUUUUCUCGGUGGUAAAUUUUGCAUCACAGUUGCCUUCUGCACACUUUACGUAUUCACCGCGGAGUUCUUCCCAACGCCAGUCCGGCAUUCUUUACUUGGUCUCUGCAGCAUGACGGCUCGCGUCGGAUCGAUGGUGGCACCUCAAAUGCCUCUUCUAGCUAAUUUAAUGCCGUCGUUACCACUACUGUUAUUUGGAGGUACAUCAAUUAUAGCCGGUGGCUUAUCAUUGGGAUUCCCGGAAACAAUGGGGAUUGAACUUCCGGAAACCGUUCAUGCGGCAGUGAAUAUUGGAACCUGAAAACUGGCAAGAAACGUAGUAUUGCCGACAUCACGUUAUUUCAAAGUAAAAAAAGGCUCAGAGUAUCAUACAUGGACGGUUGGUUACGAAAACCAGUUUGUUCGAUGAAUAUUGAUAUUAAUUGAUAUCGCACCCAAUUAAAAUGGCUAGGCGAUAAUUCGUCCUAGCAUACUUCAAAUCCAGGUUCAAUAAAAUGAAGAACUUGCACAAGCGGGGUAAUAUUUCUUUCUCGGUAAAAAAAAAUUCUCAAGAUGCGACGUUGAUGGACUUUCGAAAACUGUUGAUAUUACCACAGGCAUUGCAGGCGGCAACAGAAUAAUAGACGUUUGGUGCUCCAAAUACUUUGACUUUGAGCAAGAAUGCUAUCUGAUACUACACACGGGUAUCUGUGUUAUCUAUCUUAAUGUGAGCUACUUCAAGCCAUAGUGCAACCAUGAUAGUAAUCGUCACGAAUUAUCACCUCUUAUCAUUCGCAUUUAAUAGCUUUACUAUCGGCAACAUUGUCACAUAAUUAAAUCCAAAUCGUUUGAAUCUAGCGUCAAAUUGACAUGAGCGUAGUCCUUUCGCAGUUCAAGGAAUUAUUACGAGAUAUACAUAAUAUUACUACACGUGCCGAAGAAAAAUUGGGUAGGGCCCAUUUGUACACGUUUAAACUGCACAAAUAAAAAUUAGUGCACGUAAAAUUGGUACACCCUGAGUUUAAACUUGUACAAACUCUGUACUAUUAACAAAUUUACUCAAGAAGAAAUUUUUCAAGAUAGUCAAACGGAUAAUAAUGUUUGCCUGCCCAUCUGCUCUAGCCCGUCGUGUCAACUUUCAACGGAACGACCCUAUACAUACUGUAGUUGUAUGUAUAACUACAUACGCGUAUAUUCCGCGUUAGCGUAGAUAUGGCGUUUGUAUCAACUGAAACCCAAUUUUACACAAUAGUAGGAAUAAAAUCAUCUAAUAAAUGUGCACCAAAUGUAAUCGUUGGUUCGGGCAUCAGAAUCGACAUCACUUUGUUGGAAGAACAUAAAAUUUUCUUUCAA